AUGAAAUUUGAAUUAUAUGACAAACAAUUAAAACGAUGGCCAGAAACUGGACGUCAUAUUAUAGGACAAUACGACGAUGAAUCAAUUAUCGUUUAUCAAGCUUAUAACCAUUCUAUAGCUGACUACGCUGUUCAAAAUCAAAAAUUUGGUGGUAAGGAUUUUUCAUGGAAGAGAAUGACAUGGAUUAAAACCAAUUUUACUUGGAUGAUGUAUAGAUCUGGAUGGGCCACCAAAAAGAAUCAAGAAAGAAUUUUGGCAAUAAAGUUAAAAAAAAAAACAGGAUUUGAAGAAAUUUUAUCAGAAGCGACAUUAACAAGUUUCAGUCAAUCUUAUCUAUCUUCUAAUUCACGAUCUAAUUCAUCCAGUACAUCCCGAUCAGAAAAAUCCUCGAAUUCAAGACCUAAUAAAUCCUUCAAAUCGCGAUCCGAUAAAUCCUCGAAAUCAAGAUCUAAUAAAUCUUCCAAAUCACGAUCUGAUGAAUACUCCAAAUCACGAUCCGAUGAAUCCUCCACUUUACAAGAGGAAUGGAAAGAACAAUUAGAAAAAUCACAAGUAAGACUACAAUGGGAUCCAGACCAUGAUUUACUUGGAGAAAAGAUGCAAAGAAGGGCAAUACAACUUGGUAUAAAAAACAAUAUAUUGCAAAAAUAUUCUAAUGAAUGGAUAAUUGGAAUUGAAGAUAUCACAGAAUUUGUUAGAAAACAAUAUGAAUUAAUUAAAUUAGAUAAAUUGAAUGAAGUUAGAACUCCCGUUGAGCGAGUUUAUGAAAUUGGUGAUAAUUUAACAAAAGAAAAAUUAGGUAUGAGCUUUGAUGAUUCCAAGCCUAUCCAAGCCGAGCCUGAACCCGAAUCCGAGUUCCGUAAAAUAUGUAAAAGUGUCGUUGAUUACAUAUAUAACAUAUGUAAUAUACAGUAA